CCUUUUUCUCCUUCCGCACAGCCCGGGUUUCCGCUUCCCUCCCGGGCGCGGGGUGAGGGAACCGGCCCGCGCCUCGGUCCCUGCCGCCGCCGCCAUGUGGCCCCCAGACCAGGAGCCCGACCCGGAGCCCGGCCCGGCCCCGGCGCGCGCCGGCCGCUCUCCGCCCGGCGCGGCGAUGCCCGGGCUCCGCGCCCUCCUGCCGGCGCGCGCCUUCCUCUGCUCGCUCAAAGGCCGCCUCCUGCUGGCCGAGUCGGGUCUCUCGUUCAUCACCUUUGUCUGCUAUGUGGCAUCCUCUGCAUCCGCCUUCCUCGCAGCGCCUCUGCUGGAGUUCCUCCUGGCCCUCUACUUCCUCUUUGCGGAUGCCAUGCAGCUGAAUGACAAGUGGCAGGGCUUGUGCUGGCCCAUGAUGGACUUCUUGCGCUGUGUCACAGCGGCUCUCAUCUACUUUGCCAUCUCCAUCACAGCUGUCGCCAAGUACUCGGACGGGGCUUCCAAAGCAGCUGGGGUGUUUGGCUUCUUUGCCACCAUCGUGUUUGCAAUCGAUUUCUACCUGAUCUUUAAUGACGUGGCCAAAUUCCUCAAGCAAGGGGACUCCGCAGAAGAGAACACAGCCGACAAGGCAGAAGAAGAGAAUUCCGACUCCGAGUCUGACUGA